CGGCAGGCUGGGUCCGGAGCUUGCGGCUUCCGGGAGGCGCCCGAAGUCGGAGAAAUACAGCGCUGCCACCCAGGGAGCAGCAGCCGCUGCCCGCACCGCCGCCCGCAGGGCCCGCAACCACCGACAAGGGCGCUGGUCGGGCGCCGCGCCGGCUCCUCCUCCUGCCGCGGCGGGCGCGGAGCAGCGGAGAACCGCGGGUUCGGCCGCCGGCGCCCGGGCCGCGGAGCCGAUAAGCCACGGCGGCUGAGGGCCCGGCCGGCCUCUGCCCGCCUCUGCCCGGCGCCCGAGCGGGGCCGCAGCGCCCGGGGCGCGGGGUCUGGCGGGUGACAUGGGGGCGGCCUGACACACCCGGGGCCACCGAGCGCUCUCUCGAGCCGCGGGCCCUCUUAGGCGGCGGCGGCUGCAGGCGCCUGGUCCGGCGCGCUGUGCCCGGGGCGCCCGCGGAGCCUCCGCCGCGCUCUAUGCGCCUCUGCGGGAGCCGCGGGACCCGGCCAUGGCCAUAGACCGGCGGCGCGAGGCGGCGGGCGGCGGGCCUGGGCGGCAGCCGGCUCCGGCCGAGGAGAACGGCUCCCUGCCGCCCGGGGACGCGGCGGCCUCGGCGCCCCUCGGGGGACGCGCGGGCCUCGGCGGCGGCGCAGAAAUCCAGCCGCUGCCCCCACUGCAUCCUGGAGGCGGCCCGCACCCUAGCUGCUGCUCGGCGGCUGCGGCCCCGAGCCUCUUGUUGCUGGACUAUGACGGGUCGGUGCUGCCCUUCCUCGGGGGCCUGGGCGGGGGCUACCAGAAGACCCUCGUGCUGCUCACCUGGAUCCCGGCGCUAUUCAUCGGCUUCAGCCAGUUCUCGGACUCGUUUCUCCUGGACCAGCCCAACUUCUGGUGUCGCGGGGCCGGCAAAGGCACCGAGCUGGCGGGGGUCACCACCUCAGGCCGGUGGGGGGACAUGGACAACUGGACCAGCCUCCCCACCACCCCCUUCUCCACUGCCCCUUGGGAGGCCGCGGGCAACCGGAGCAACAGCAGCGGCGCGGACGGAGGCGACACACCACCUCUACCAUCCCCUCCGGACAAGGGGGACAACGCCUCCAACUGCGACUGCCACGCGUGGGAUUACGGCAUCCGCGCCGGCCUCGUCCAGAACGUGGUCAGCAAGUGGGAUCUUGUGUGUGAUAAUGCCUGGAAGGUCCAUAUCGCUAAGUUCUCCUUACUGGUUGGAUUAAUCUUUGGCUACCUAAUAACUGGAUGCAUUGCUGACUGGGUCGGCCGGCGGCCUGUGCUGCUGUUUUCCAUCAUCUUCAUUCUGAUCUUUGGACUGACUGUGGCACUGUCAGUGAAUGUGACAAUGUUCAGCACACUCAGGUUCUUUGAAGGAUUUUGCCUGGCUGGAAUAAUUCUCACCUUGUAUGCGUUACGAAUAGAGCUGUGUCCCCCUGGAAAACGGUUCAUGAUUACGAUGGUGGCGAGCUUCGUGGCCAUGGCGGGGCAGUUCCUCAUGCCAGGGCUAGCCGCCCUGUGCCGGGACUGGCAGGUGCUGCAGGCCCUCAUCAUCUGCCCCUUCCUGCUCAUGCUGCUGUACUGGUCGAUAUUCCCUGAGUCCCUCCGGUGGCUAAUGGCUACCCAGCAGUUUGAAUCUGCCAAGAGGCUGAUCCUCCACUUGACACAGAAGAACUGCGUGAGCCCUGAGAGCGACAUCAAGGGCGUGAUGCCAGAGCUGGAGAAGGAGCUUUCCCGGAGGCCCAAGAAGGUCUGCAUCGUGAAGGUGGUGGGGACACGGAAUCUGUGGAAGAACAUCGUGGUCCUGUGUGUGAACUCGCUGACAGGGUACGGGAUCCACCACUGCUUCGCCAGGAGCAUGAUGGGCCAUGAGGUAAAGGUGCCGCUGCUAGAGAACUUCUACGCCGACUACUAUACCACGGCCAGCAUCGCGUUGGUGUCCUGCCUGGCCAUGUGCCUGGUGGUCCGGUUCCUCGGGCGCCGGGGAGGGCUGCUGCUCUUCAUGAUCCUCACCGCCCUGGCCUCGCUCCUGCAGCUCGGGCUCCUCAACUUGAUUGGAAAGUACAGCCAGCACCCAGACUCAGAACUGCAGCUGAAGUUGGCCGUAGGGAUGAGUGACAGCGUCAAGGACAAAUUCUCCAUCGCAUUUUCCAUCGUGGGCAUGUUUGCCUCCCAUGCAGUGGGGAGCCUCAGCGUGUUCUUCUGUGCGGAGAUCACCCCCACAGUGAUAAGUGCACAGCUUCACCUGGGGGACCCUUCAAGCACAAUCCUCAGAGAUGGGACAGUGUCUACUGGUGGUUCACAGAGCAAUUUUAGGAGACACGUGGGACAUCAACUCAGUGAAGAAAUCACUCUUUUAAGAUGUGGCGGGCUGGGGCUGGUGCUGGCCAGCGCGGGCUUCGGCAUGCUGACAGCACCCAUCAUCGAGCUGCACAACCAGAAAGGCUAUUUCCUGCACCACAUCAUCUUUGCCUGCUGCACGCUCAUCUGCAUCAUCUGCAUCCUCCUGCUGCCCGAGAGCAGGGACCAGAACCUGCCUGAGAACAUUUCCAAUGGGGAGCACUACACGCGCCAGCCACUGCUGCCGCACAAGAAGGGGGAGCAGCCACUGCUGCUCACCAAUGCUGAGCUCAAGGACUACUCAGGCCUCCACGAUGCCGCAGCCACAGGGGACACGCUGCCUGAGGGCGCCACAGCCAAUGGCAUGAAGGCCAUGUAGCCGGGCCUGCAAAACCUGGGGCUCAAGGAUCUGGGGCAGCUUGGACACAGGUUUACAGACCGGGGACCGAACACAUGGCCAGGGGUGGGAAAGCUGCCUCACCCAAGCUGAGCCUCUCAAGUGGUAUGGGGAAAUCCUGUCUUUCUAAAAGUCCAAGGAGCACAGGUCGGAGGAGACAAACUCUUUGGAAAUAACCCUUCCAAGACUUUCUUUUCUGCCAUUAAAUGUUUGUAUUUAUUUUGGUCAUUUUUACAAGAAGCACUUUAUUUCCUCUCCCUCUCACUGAUCACAAAUGGCAUCACCUCCUUCGGCAGCAAGACAUGGGCACUCUGGGAAGCUGCCACAGUGAUCACGGCCACGGCCUGCCCCUCUCCGGAGAUGGGACGCGGCUCCUCGCAGCACCCGGGAGCCAGAUGUCACCUCUGCCGUCAGGAGCCCCCCACACUGCCUGCCUGUGUGCAGAAGCAGGACAUGACCAUGGAGCGUUUCCGGGACUGCAUUUUAGACAGAGUGAAAUGUACAUGAAUUAGGCUUUUGCUAGAGAGUCUGCAAUGGUUUUUUAAGGUCCUUUUCCCCUUCUGUUUGUAAGGUAAGAGCUUCUGUUCCAUAUGCAGGAGAAAACAGCUCCCAGACACCAUUAAAACCAGCUGCACCUUUCCUUCAGGAUCAUCCUUUUGUACUUGAUGCUGAAAGCUCUUGGAGAAAAAGCUUAAACAUUUCACCAGAAAUCUUAACGGAGCAGCAGUCACAUCGCCACAGCUUUAUGAGUACACAGCUAACAGAUGCGUCGAGGCCUGAGCUGUGCUCGUUUUUAUUCCUCCUCUCCCAGAUUGGCUCCAGCAGAACAGCCCCUCGUGCACAGCCAGCCCUUGUGCUGGCACUACUUGAAAACAUGGCUCCUUUCUAAGCUACAAACAAUAGGAAAAUAACUCAAAAAGAUGGUGGAAGCAAAUCCACAGAAGCGGGGCUGCCCUCCCACACACACCCAUCACCCACACCUCGAGCACACACCACGAAGAUCACCAGCUUGGAUGGCCAUCCCUCAGACAUCACUCCAGGAAGCACCUGCAGGAGCUGGGCCCCCUCACGCCUGCCUUCCUGGGCCGGCUUCCUGCUUUUAGUCAUUGGCUCAGCACAGGGGCAGGGCUUCGGGCAGGGAGCCAAGAUUGAAUCCUCAUAGGUGAGUACAAAUGACCUCCAGCCUCUCAAAAGCACCAAGACAAAUUGAGAGAAAGCAAUAACUCACCAAAGCUCAACGCUGCCCCUGCCCCGAUCUCCAAGGGUUUCUUCAUGUUCCUCGUUUCACCCCAGAAAGUCAAGGUUUCCUCUUGGCAUUUUCAGAGGAAUCUUGUAGGACAUCCAGGGCCGCUAAGAGACAGCCUCCUUGGUAAAGGCAGGCACCACUUUAUAGCAACUUGGGCACCAGCUUUUCUGGACAGCCUGGCUUCUUACUGGAAUUGUUCAAUUCACCCGUUCUCAAAGUGUGUCUUUGCCAUGGAGACAAACUGUGUCCAUCCAGGGAAAUUGUGGUCUCAGGCCUGGGUGAGACAAUGAACUGACUUCCGAUGGUUGCUAGAAUUCACAGGGCAGAAAAGGGGUUAUCUCCCCUUCCAGCUUUCCACCUGGCCUGCUUCUUGCUGUCUCCACCCAUGUCUCCUCCACAUCCUGUCCACACAUCAGUAGGAGCGUAGUGAUAUGUAAAGACACAGCAAGAGGCAAGCAGACUCCUGUUUCCAGUGGCUGGGCCAGGCCAACACCUGGGGUCUUGAGACGCCCAGGAAGGGAGUCUGGCCGGCCUCUCCUCACUUCCCUUGCUCCACGUCCAGCUCCUCCUCACCUUCCCUCUUUUUUAAAGUCACAUUUCCAUGUUUCAACAUUAGUUUGCAUUCACCUAUACAAAGGCCUUUCUUUAGAUCUGUGCAGCCUUUGCGUGCCAAAUUUGUGAAAUUCCUUUUACCUUUUUUGGAGUACUUGCUACAAAGCCACCUGUCAACAAACCCCAUUACGUACAGAAUAGGACCUGUCCAGCAGCCAGGCCACUAGGCAGUUGAGGAAGGGGGGAAGGUGAGAAGGAUCCAGCGAGCCCCUGAACCUGCACCUGGACAUGUGUACAUCUGCACCCAUCACCCUCAGCAACAGGCCACCCCGCAGUCCACUUGCUAUACUGUGGAAGGACUUGCUAAGUGAUGGAAGUUGCAAGCAGUCGCAUACUGGUCGUGUAAACAGUUUUUUUUAGAAACUGAAGCUGUAGAGUGCUGCCCGAAGUCUCUAGGAAGGCGGCGGCAAGGUACAGCACUCGUACUCUUCCAGUCGUGGUCUCUGGUCUCCACCUCAAAUGACAAUAAAAAUCCUCCAACAAAGACAGUGCUCAGCACUUCUGCCAUCAGGACUAAUCCAUCAGUGACUGGAAAAGGGGCUAGCUUUAGGCCUGGGCUCUUGGGACCAGAGUCCAGCGGGUGUGAGGCUGACUAGCCGACGGUUAGCGGAUUAUGUCUCUCAGACAGCAAGGCAGUCCCACAGCUCUCCUCCCAGUGCAACCUCAGGAGGAGGCUGGGUGCCCGUUCUGUUGCAGCUUCAGCCUAGGGAUAGCUGAGGCUGCCAAGAAGCACUUUAUGAAAUGUUACCAGAGCAAUGCUUCUCUGUGGGCUAUGCCCACAGGAAAUCUGGUACCAAGUGAGUAAGGCGGCAGGGCCCACCCAAGCCUGACACACGUCUAGGCCGCCAGGCUCUGCAGGGGAGGCUGCUACGGCCGCCUGCUUCCCAGCAGUCUGUCGCGCUUGAGCCCCUCAGUCCUGUUCCCUUCCUGGCUAAUAGAGCCUUCUCAGGCACCCAGUGUUUCAAUUUGGCCCUCCCACCCCCUGCUACUCUCCUCCACACACCCCUGCGUUCUACCAGCCUACCUGUCAGCCUUUCAAUAAAAUUAUGCACAAUUAUGAACACCUGAGAUGGAGCUGAACAUUUCUUCACUUUCUUCUUUUCCUGAAGUCAAACUCUUAUCAAAUACUCUAGUUAUCACAAACAGGAAAAAGGGUUAAAUGUUUUUGUUUACUGACAGUAAGAUCCCCUACUGGUAAGAUGGUUUGGCUACAGAACAGAAAGAAAACAAAAACAAACCUUGGAAGGGAAGUAUAGCACCCAAGACACCACCACUUCCUAGAGCCAAAUGAGCAAUCCCAAACUGGAAGUACCAUAAGUGAGCCUGUGACAUCACACCACCCGGCCCAAGGUGCCGCACAUGCGGGAGAGGCCAGCACUCCCACUGUCCUCUUGUCUGGAAGGCACCGCCUCACUUCCAUGUGCCCUGUGUUUUGGAAAAGCAGCAUGGUGUGUCCUGUCUAGUGGGGAACAUUUCCCUCCCUGUUCUGAGGUUGUAACAUAGUAACCGUGUUUCUGUGCGUGUGGGUGGGGAUUCUCUGACGGUGCUCGUUCAUAGCACAAGCUUACACUGAGUUCUGAACUGUCCUUCACAGCUGUGUGUCUGCAUGGUGUCCCAUCUGUUGUACCUUUGGGGAAAAUUUGUAUGUAAAUGUACAGAAAUAAAAAUGUUGCCCCAUUAACAGAUUUCCUCUGGAAUGUCUUCGCUACCUCACCUGAUGGUAUCCAACGAAGGGCAUUUCACUACCACUGAUGAGUAAUCAAGUCCGCGUUCAUUCAGACCUCACUGCAUCACUACUGUUAACGCCUCUGUGAGCUGUCUUCAUUGACCCCGAGUGGGAUGGAGGGAGGCGGCUCACUCUGCUUCGAGUCCUGGUCUUAAACGUAGUCAGAGGCAGAGGCUGGAUUAAACACACAUUGUUUACCGAGUGCCACUCAGACCACCUGAGAUGGGGGCCAUCAGUAAAAUUAGGAAUUUUUUUCCCUUGUUCAUUUAUGUUCUGCUGAUCCGUGGUCUGAAGGUUCCUAGAGACGUCUCAAGAAUGAGUAUCUUACACUGUGAUUCUGUGAGGAAAGACUGGUAACCCAAAACUCUCUUCUCUAAUGUAGUAUUUUUUAACGAAAAUGACAAUAUUUCUUUAAUAAAGUAUUUAUACCAAA